AAGCUGAAAAUGCCAAGUGGGGACUUCAAGGAGGACAGGCUUACAACAUCAGCUCAAUCCACCCCUUGUGGCACCCCUUCCGGCACCCCGUCUGUCACCCCCUGUGUUACCCCCAGCGUCAGCCCCCACGCCUCACCGAUACUCAACCGCAGGUAUGCAUCAAAUGGCUAUUUUUGGCUAUUUUGGUAAUAGAUUCUGUAGUAGAAUAGAAGUCCACUCCCCUCUGAAUGAACACUAGAUUCAAAUAUGAAUAAUAUUUUCAGAUGGCACAUUAGGUACAAUUAUUCCAUGUCUCUAAUAGCUUUGUUGUGUGUGGGCAUGCAGGAGCUGGUUCAACAGCCAGAGUCUUGCACCAUUUCUCACUGCCCCGGAGCUCGGUAGUCCUAAUCUCAGCCCAGAAAUGGGAGGCAACGAGGGAGGGGGUGGAGCAGGAGGGGAGAGGUGGAGCUUCUUUGGAACUUCACGCCCAGUAGUACAGAAGUCCACUACUGACCCCGGUUCAGAAACCAACACAGGUGAGAAAUCAGUCCCUCAGGAGUUUCUAUAAUUAGGACUGUUGGCUGAGCUUUCUUUGUAAAAAAAUAAAUAAAAUGACAAGGGAUCUUAGAAUAGACUUUGUGUUCCCAAGAUAGAAUGUGUGAAUAAUAGUCUUCUAUAGUCAUGGUCAAGUCAGCAUUUCGGCUUCUAAAAAUAACUUGAAAUGUAAUGGAUGUUGCAGUUUUUGCUUUGCUGAUGCUAUACCUUUUUGUCAGGUGCAUUAACAUCCUUGUCUCUUCUGCUCUCCCUCAGGCUUCACACUACAGUCAUACUUUGGCGUGCAGAAGUCUAACACCAUGGAGGGCAUCAAGACCCAGGUCAACCUCAUGGCGGACGACCCUGCCAAGUUCAACCCCCCCAAGAUCGAGAUCAGCGGCAUCGAGGGCAACAGACCUCUCCAGACCCGCCCACACAAACUCAAACCCCGUGACAUGAACGUCCUGACGCCGUCUGGAUUCUGA